AUGGGUUUGGACAUUAAGGCAGAGAACUUUUUGUUACCUCAAGAUUACAUCGCAUGUUUCGCAAUGAAAAAGCCGAAAGAUCUGACCGCAAUGUUUGAAAAGAUUGCUAAUUCAAAUGAGUACAAAGCAGAUUAUGAUAGAUUAAAAUUAGAACUUUUGGACGUGGCAGAAAAAAUAAAUUUUGAGGAUAAAUUGAAAAAACAGAUAUUAAUUCAAAAGAAAUACGCCAUUAUGGAAAAAGCAGAAACAGAAAAAUAUUUAAAGCUAAAAGAACAAUAUAGGAGAGUUGAAUUUUUACAAGAUAAGGAAAGAAAAAUCAAAUUGCGAAUAGAUGAGUAUCUACACAACAAAAAGAAUGUGAUAAUUUUACUGGAAGAUACAAAAUCACAAUUUAAGUUCUCAUCCAGUUCCCUCGAAGAUAUUGAACAAGAUAUCCUAAAAAUGAAAAAUACUAUUGAACAGAGGAAAACAGAACACAUUAUUUUCAAGGAUAACAUUUUAUAUUGGCAGAAAAAACGUGAAAGCGCUCGCAUAGCUCUAGACAGUGCGAAUAAAGCGCGUGAUACUAACAAAAGAAUCAUCCAAGAAUUAAAUAAUGAGUUAGAACGAAUAAACAACGAAUUAACAGAAUUAAGGAAAGCGUCACAGACGACCACUAUAGAAUUCAGUAACUCUCAGGUUAAACGUUACAUGGAAUUGACGAACAAAGUUGAAUUUCGAGCACAUAAUUCUAUAAAACAAAUAAAAAGCUUGAUGCAUGAUCAGCAAGAAGAUCAGGCUAAACUUGAUAAUGAAUAUAGACGUAAAGAAGAAUUAGAGGACAAAGAAAAGCAGAUAAUAUUAAAGAAAGUGAAUCUUGAAACGCGUUUCACAAGAUUGCAAGAUUCAAGUAUCAAAUCCAAAACAACUUUAAUGGAAAAAACAGCAAAAAUACAAGAACUAGAUAAAAAAAUUACUGAAACGAGGAAUAAAUUGUUAAAUCUGGAGAAUGAUAUUGUAAAGAUUACAGAGGAGCUUUCUGAGGCAGAUAUUGAUAAGAAUAGUAUUUUGCAUAGGAAUAAGAAAAUUGAAACAAUCAAUAUGUUGAAACAGAUUUACUCUGGCGUGUAUGGUCGCUUACUUGACUUGUGUAAGCCUAUUCAUUCACGUUAUAAUGUUGCUGUAACUAAAGUUUUUGGUCAAUAUAUAAAUGCCAUUGUCGUUGAUACCACGCGCACAGCAAUUCAGUGUAUUCAACUUUUAAAACGAGAAAAAAUAGGCAUUGAAACGUUUUUACCACUUGAUUCAAUAAAAAAUAUAAUUUUAAAUGAAAGAUUACGUGCUAUAGAAGAACCGCAAAAUGUUAAAUUAUUAUAUGAUGUAUUGAAUAUUUCAUCACCACAUAUAAACAAUGCGGUUUUAAGUGUCACUAAAAAUACUCUAGUUUGCGAGACUAGUGAACAUGCAAAAAUGUUAGCAUAUCCUGAUGAUAAACAGGAAGCACAUGAUUGUGUUUCAUUGGACGGAUGUUUUUAUCGUAAAAAAGGUCUAAUGUCUGGUGGACUGGCCGAUUUAACUGUAAAAGCAAAACAAUGGGACGAACAACGAAUACUAACAUUAAUGGAACAAAAGAGGAGAGUUGAAUUUUUACAAGAUAAGGAAAAAAAAAUCAAAUUGCGAAUAGAUGAGUAUCUACACAACAAAAAGAAUUUGAUAAUUUUACUGGAAGAUACAAAAUCACAAUUUAAGUUCUUAUCCAGUUCCCUCGAAGAUAUUGAACAAGAUAUCCUAAAAAUGAAAAAUACUAUUGAACAGAGGAAAACAGAACACAUUAUUUUCAAGGAUAACAUUUUAUAUUGGCAGAAAAAACGUGAAAGCGCUCGCAUAGCUCUAGACAGUGCGAAUAAAGCGCGUGAUACUAACAAAAGAAUCAUCCAAGAAUUAAAUAAUGAGUUAGAACGAAUAAACAACGAAUUAACAGAAUUAAGGAAAGCGUCACAGACGACCACUAUAGAAUUCAGUAACUCUCAGGUUAAACGUUACAUGGAAUUGACGAACAAAGUUGAAUUUCGAGCACAUAAUUCUAUAAAACAAAUAAAAAGCUUGAUGCAUGAUCAGCAAGAAGAUCAGGCUAAACUUGAUAAUGAAUAUAGACGUAAAGAAGAAUUAGAGGACAAAGAAAAGCAGAUAAUAUUAAAGAAAGUGAAUCUUGAAACGCGUUUCACAAGAUUGCAAGAUUCAAGUAUCAAAUCCAAAACAACUUUAAUGGAAAAAACAGCAAAAAUACAAGAACUAGAUAAAAAAAUUACUGAAACGAGGAAUAAAUUGUUAAAUCUGGAGAAUGAUAUUGUAAAGAUUACAGAGGAGCUUUCUGAGGCAGAUAUUGAUAAGAAUAGUAUUUUGCAUAGGAAUAAGAAAAUUGAAACAAUCAAUAUGUUGAAACAGAUUUACUCUGGCGUGUAUGGUCGCUUACUUGACUUGUGUAAGCCUAUUCAUUCACGUUAUAAUGUUGCUGUAACUAAAGUUUUUGGUCAAUAUAUAAAUGCCAUUGUCGUUGAUACCACGCGCACAGCAAUUCAGUGUAUUCAACUUUUAAAACGAGAAAAAAUAGGCAUUGAAACGUUUUUACCACUUGAUUCAAUAAAAAAUAUAAUUUUAAAUGAAAGAUUACGUGCUAUAGAAGAACCGCAAAAUGUUAAAUUAUUAUAUGAUGUAUUGAAUAUUUCAUCACCACAUAUAAACAAUGCGGUUUUAAGUGUCACUAAAAAUACUUUAGUUUGCGAGACUAGUGAACAUGCAAAAAUGUUAGCAUAUCCUGAUGAUAAACAGGAAGCACAUGAUUGUGUUUCAUUGGACGGAUGUUUUUAUCGUAAAAAAGGUCUAAUGUCUGGUGGACUGGCCGAUUUAACUGUAAAAGCAAAACAAUGGGACGAACAACGAAUACUAACAUUAAUGGAACAAAAGAACUACAUCCUCGAACGUUGCCAAUUGUUUUUUCCAAUCUUUUGUCACGUAUUGUUGAUGGAAGGAGUGACCACUCUCGUGGAGCCAAAUAAAGUAUUAAAAUGGCAACAAGCUGUAGAAUGUGCUAAUACAGAAUGGAAUAAAGUGUGUCAGCAAGAACGUCAUGCAAAGAUUAAAGUUGAGCGAGAAGAAACAAAAAUGUCGAAAUUAAAGGAUAAUUAUACAAACGUGGCAAAGGAUUUGGAGGAUGUGACAAAAAAAUUAGCUGAGCACAAAUCGCAAAUUAGCGUUAAUGAAAAAUUAUAUUUGGAGGAUCAGAAGGCACACAUCGCUAUGGAAGAUAUUAGUAUUCCAAUGUCGGAAACACAUAGUAGGUUAGAAGAAAACGUUUUUACAAGUAGCUCAAAUUUAAGUAUAGAAUUGUCAGGAGAUUGUGAAAUAUUAACAAAAAUUAAUUUCUCGCAAUUUCCUAAAGAAAUCUGCAAUUUUACAAAUGAAAAAUUACGAGACAUGACACUUCAACUUACUGAGAAGAUUACGAAAAUUGAGAAUGAAUUUGAUGAUUUAGUAAAUCUUAAGAUUGAUGAAAAGAUCGAUAUUAUAAAGCAGCGAAUGCAAAAAAUAAAUACGGAUCUUCGAAACUACCGUAAUAAAUACAAUGAAAUAAAAAUGCAAUUUGAAUCAGUGAAGGCAAAGAGGUACAAAUCGUUUUCAGAUUGUCUGGAACGCGUUACUGCAGAAAUUGAUCUUAUAUAUAAAAAUUUGGUUAAUAACACAUCGGCUCAAGCAAUUAUCUUACCAGAUAAUCCCGAGGAACCGUAUGCAGGCAAUAUAAUUUAUAACUGCAUAGCACCGCAUAAAGGCUUUCAACCAUUGCAAUACUUAUCUGAUGGAGAAAAGUCAAUGGCUAGUUUGGCAUUAUUAUUUGCAAUUCAACGUUAUAAGCAAAUACCGUUUUUCAUUAUGGACGAAGGUGACGCGGCAUUAGAUAAAGUGAAUAUUAAGAAUGUCGUUUCUUUUAUUCGCUCCCAAGAAACCCUUAUGCAGUUCAUCAUGAUAUCCUUACACAAAGAAUUAUAUCGUAAUUCUAAUGCACUUGUAGGAGUUACUGUUAAAAGUGACAUCAGCUGCUCCAACAGUCAAGUAUUUGCCAUUUCAUUAAAUGGAUAUCGUAAAUCAAAGUGA